GCAGGACAGUACUUGGAGCACCUCCCUCGUUGCCUUCCAUGGAUGGCGCCAUUGCCGUCCUUGUGCCCCUCCACUCGAGCCGGGCGUUUCCCGCGCGACCGGGGGAGAGGACACGGCGGCGAUGCGCUGUCCGGGCGAUGGCAGGCGCCAUCACCGGUCUCCAUGCUCUCUCUACGCGGCAGGGCCUCCGGGGGCGGCCACGGCCCAGGCGCCGGCAGCGGGCGCCGCGGCGCGACGUGAGGCGCGACGUGCCGGAGCUGCCACCGGUGGACGAGAGCAUUUGGAAGCCAAUGCCAGUGAGUGAGGAGGAGUUGAAGGCAGCCAUGGUGGUCGACGAGCACUCUUCGGUGGCCUCCGUGGCCGACGCCGUGUGGGCCGGCGGCGCGGCCCUCUUCGUGCACCGCUGGGCGCAGCUGGCGGCGGUGCGGAAGGCCUUGAACGCUGCCGCCGACGCAGAGGAGGCGCGCGCCGAGCACGGCACCGAACCCGUGGAGCGCUUCCGCGUGCGGCGGAAGCGGCUCCGGGCCUGCGCGAGGCGACUCUACGUGCGGGUGGCGUCGAACGGAAGGCUGGGCGUGGACGGUGGACCUCGGUUGGGCUAUGUCCCUGUGCUCUACGCGAAUCAUCCGUUCGACCUCGCUUUCCGGGCGAACGAUGUGGCGGCGCUGAAUGUGGCGUGGCAAUUCUUCGUGAAUGGCCUGGACUACAGCUUUCUGUCUCGGCCGCUGCACCCCUUCUUCGGGGUCUACUUCACUCUAUCUCCCACGGAUCACUUCCGCUUGGUAGACGACUGGCUAAAGUGCUGGACGCCUCCCAGCCACAGAAGCCGUGUGCUGGACCUGGGGACCGGUUGUGGCGCCCUUUGGAUCCGCCAGCACUUCAGCCGUGAAGAGGUCUCCAUCGUGGCCUCGGAUCGCUGUCCCAACGCUUGCUUCUCCGUGUCCGCUGAGCUGUGGCGUCAGGCGCGGAGCGAUGAGAGCUCCGGCGACCUUGGAAUCCAGGUGAAGCACAGUGAGCUCUUUGAGGAGCUUGAAGAGGAGAACGACGUGGUCUUCGGCAACGACUACCCGCCCAAGCUCUUCGAGAAGCUCUUCGAGGAAGUCCCCAAGGUGCUUCAGCCUUCAGGGCACUUGCUGGUGCUCUUCUCCAACUACGCGCUCUGUCGGAAGCUCGUGGAGGUCUCGCCGAUGGAGCUGGGCACCCGACGAACACUCGACCUCCAAGGAGUUCAGCGGCGCCCGGUGGAGGAGCAGAAGCGAAGCCGUUUUCGACAGACACGGCGAGACAAAGCGUGGACCGCGGGCGUUCCACACGAAGUGGAAUUGUGGGACUUCAUGGCCAAAAGCGCAGAGAAAAGUCCCUACUUUUCGCGCCGCGUGGUGGAGGCUGGGGAGCUGUGCUGUAAACAUUGGUUGGCCGUGCAAGUGGCACGGCGCUGCGGGAUGGGUGUCAAGUCCACCACAUCCAUGGCCGAGGAUGAGUUCGGGGGCGCCCAGACCACGCGCGCCGUUCGGUCGCGUACCGAUUCGCCGGCGGCGUCAUCCGCGCGGCGUCAUGGGCAGGGCGACGGGUGGGUCAUGGCAGGGCGAGGGUGCGAAGGUCUCGCUUCAAAUCAUGUCGGUCUUGAAACGAGACUCGCUGAUGACACCCCCGGCGGUAGAAGAGGCAUGACAAUUAGGAGCGGACGUGACAAUUGGGAGUUCACUUCUUGUUGA